AUGGAGACUUGUUCACCUAGCAAGCGACGCGCGCUCGCUCCCCUCGACUCCAACGCGCUGGCCCCAAAGACGCUUUUCAAGGCCCCCACGGCGAGCACUUCGAGCGGUAUCAGCCCCGUCAAGAUGGCCAUCGAGGGGAGGAAGAGGCUUCUCGAGAUGGAGAGCGCGGCGGCUGCGAGACCUGCGGGGAAGAAGGCGUGUCUAGGACGUGACGAGGACGCGUCCGAGAGGAGCAACAGUCCUGAUGUUAGUUCUGUAUUCGACACGUCUGCCAACGACGCUUCGUGGGCUACAGCUGCUACUGAACACGACGGCGCCGCAACAACCGUAGCUCGUACAUCGACAUCAGCUCCCGCAUCACCAGCACCUUCAAGAGGAACCCUAACGCGGCAACAAGUAAGACAAAGAGCAGAGACCCUUCGACUCCGCCUCAGCCUCGCAAACUACAAGCUCCGCACAGGUCAGACGGCCGUGCCCCUCGCCGAGCUGCAGCGUCGUCCCCUCCUCCCACGCGCCAUCCACGUACGGUCCCCGACGCCGCCCCCCGCCGCGCCCGAGUCUGACAUUGGGGAAAAGGACCGUCGGUCUUCGACAGACUCGCAGCGGACAGAGGUGAUGCCUUCUGAAGGAGAAGAGGAGACGACAAGUUGA